GGCGCGACACGAGCCGGGUAGCGACGACAAGAACCCCCACCGCCCCCCGACCAGGGUCAUCGCAGGAAAUUAAACCGCAGGGAAAAAAAAUAAAAAAUAAAUAAAAAAUACGUUUAUCCCCCCGCAAAACACGGCGGAGCGCGGCUGUCACGAGGGAGCUGCGCGAGCCGAGCGGUAGUUGGUGCGGCCGCGUGACGUCAGAGCCGCCGGUGCUGUGAAGAGUUCUCAGAAUAGACUUCUAGGAAACGGUAAAUUUUAAAAGCCAAGCCUUUACACCGCGUCCUUCACACAUUAGGAGCCCAUUCUGGUGACAACACACUCCGCAACCCGCUGCUGCUCGGACUUUUACACGCUAUUAAAUUAAUUUUGUUUUUGUUUAUUUUAUAUUCUACAUCCAGUGUUCUUCUAGAAAACUACACGGACAAGACCUUCGACUUUCUAUUACGGCGCGUAGCAGGCGUAUUCAUGACAAACCGAUGUUAAUGGUCGCGGUUGAUGUUUCGUCUUUUGUUCGAAGCCUCGUCUUAUUUCUCUUGAAGAAAGAAAAAACCGAUCGGACUUGAAUAACCAGCGGAUUCGAGAUAUAGUAUGAUUCUUUGUGUGCCAGGUCCCAGAGCUCCUCUGCCCACUGCUCUGUCCACUGAAGCCCCGCGGGGCAUGCGGGCAGGAACUGUACCUCCUACCCCUUGCCUUCAAAGCACCCCUCCGCUAUGGGACCCCGCAAAGGACCUGCGGGCAAUCGCCAGCAACUUCUGCUUUCUAGAAAAUUCAGGAUGGUACUGGGGAGCUGUGACUGCGGCUCAGGCUCACGCUGCGCUUCAAGAGGCGUCUGAAGGAGCUUUUUUGGUACGGGACAGCAGCCACCCUCUGUACAUGUUGACCCUCUCGGUCAGGACUGCACGCGGACCCACCAGUAUACGGAUCCAGUACAGCGGCGCCCAGUUUCUGCUCGACUCCAGCUCCCCGGCCCGGCCCAGCCUGUCGUCGUUCCCCAACGUGCCCAGCCUGGUGCAGCACUACAUGGGACCAGAGAGGAAAGCGGAGGAAGGGAAGGUGGAGCAGGAGACGGUUCCUUCGAAACCCUCUCAGCAGACAAUUCAGGAAACAUCUGUGGUAUUAAAGCUGAAGCGGGCCGUGUACAAGCCCCAAGGCCUCCCCUCGUUACAGCACCUCACACGCCUCGUCAUCAACAGACACUCUGACUGCCCCGACCAGCUACCACUCCCGAGGCCUCUAAUGCGUUACAUAAAGGACUAUCCCUUCAAGGUAUGAUGGGAGUUCCUCAAGUCCAAUACUAUGGCUGAAUCUCAGCGGACUGACGACAGGUUGUCUGUGCCUGUAAAUGACAAUGCUGCUCCAGCAGUUGGAGGCCAGUCACGAAAAUACUGGACACAAGGUCAUGAUUUUGCUGGUGAAUUAUGUACAAAUGAAACGGUGACGUGCCUGGUUAAAGACUUAGUCUGUCAAGGCCCCCAGAGGAACUGAAGUACUGUAAUUAACGCUUAUCCUACGAUGAAUGUGGAAAUUGUCCAUAUCCGUUUUACCCUCAUCAGUUCUGGAUGUACAUGCUGUUCCUGAGAAGUACACUAAUUCCAUUGAGACAUCUUUUACGCCAUUUUAUUUUUCUCAGUAAGACAUUUUUUCUACCUUUUACAUGUGUACAUUUUUCUAUUAAAAUAAGCAGUUGGAGUCUAA